GGUCAGUCGCUGCUGUGCUCUGAGGGGGAACUGUCACACUCUCCCUUCCUAAUUAAUCUUUCCCACCUUCCUCAACUAUUUGAGGACUACACUUCUUUCUUCAUCAUGAGGUUAUAGUGGAAGUGCAGAAAACUGAAAUUAUUACCCAGUGAUUAAAAUUAGAAAAAAAAACUUUUCGGUGCAACGUGUGGAAAUUAAUCAAUUCAGAGUGAAGAAGAAAUAAAUUACAACAUGAGUGCCCGAGAUCUGUACCGGAGUGUGCUGCGGGGCGGGCAGUGCGAGUCGCCGCAGUUCAGCAGCGGUGACCUCUCUCCUAUGUCCAAUCUGGCCCAGUCCCUGCACGGCGCCUCCCUUACCAAUACUCCCCGCAGGCGGCUCUCACUUUCCUCUAACUUGUCUGACACACCUCAGUCCUGCCUCAACGACUCCACUCAGCUUUCCAUCAGUUCCCCACCAGCUGACCAUAGCUCUGACUCCGGGUCCAGCCUGAUUGAGGAGCCUACCAUCUCUCCUCGACGACACGUCACUACAUCCUCACGCAACAAAGAAAACUUUCCCUCUCCUUACUACUCUCCAUCCCGCCUUCCAUCCCGCAAUCGUGCCAGCCCUUUACAGGAGGUUCAGAAUACAGUGAAUAGGAGCCUGGAUUUUAGUCCCAUCAAGAAGAAUCUUCAGAUGGUGUCACCUUCCAAGAGACAGUUCACCUCCCCUCAAAAACCCUCUCCCCCUGAUGACUUUGACACUACCUCUCAAGACAGUGGCUACUCUGAGAGUGGCAAAAAAGUGGACGAGGACUGUUUCAGUGUUCCAAUCAGCUGUGCACCACGAAAGCUCAACCUUGACCUGUCCCCAGCCAAGACACAGUUGGCUGUCUCUCCAGUGAAGCCAGUUACUGUAGUUUCCUCUUCCACAUUGUCAUCAACAGCAGGUUCUAAUGGUACUGCAGUUACCAUUACAAGCACCCCAUCCACUACCAAAGUCACCACCACAAAUGACACCCCUGCUGAACGUGGAAGACCCUUCAAAAAGUUCUCAUCACUCACCAAGGGUGAAGAGGAUGAUGCCAUCCUGAUGGAUCUGAUGAAUGAAGUCGCACACCAAGAUGAUAAGCCACUGGGUUUCUCAAACUUGUUGGUAGCUCCCAUAAUGCCAGCUAAGGUGUCUCCACCACCCAAAGCUGCAUCCCGACCAGCCAUCAGGCGCUGUCUCUCCAUGAUCGACACAACGCCUACCUCCUCUCGGGUUUUUAAGGCAACAGCUGUCCAGUCUGAGAAUACAUCUUCCUUCAAGCGACCAGAGCCUCCGUCAGAUAUCUGCACCACUGACACCAAACGCCGAAAGUUGGAUGUGCCCAGUGAACAGCUGUCUCCUCUCACGUCCAAUGCUCAGACUACAACACAAAGUAGGAGCCAGCCCCUUAUGACGCUGAGGCAAGUUUCCGCCCCGGAACCCAGCCCAUCCUCCCAGCAGAAUUCCAAGCCAAAGUUUCAGCGUUGUCACUCUGAGAGCCAUGUUUCCAUAAUGAAAGCUUUAAACAAGAGUUCUGGACAUGAUGGGAAUCUUACAGGAGACUUCUCCAGGCCUUUGUUGCUUCCCAUCUUAGAGGGAGGAAAGCAUCCAGACCUCAAGUCCAUCAGUGUAGAUACUUUAGCUGAUGUUGUUCGGGGAAAGUACAAUAGUAAAGUUGCCACCUGUCGCAUCAUAGACUGCAGGUAUCCCUACGAGUAUGAGGGUGGACACAUUAUAGGUGCAGAAAUGUGGCAUCUGCCAGAGUUGGUGAGUGAACACUUCAAGGCUCAGAAGGGUGCCCCUGUCAUAGCUGGUGAGGAGGAACAACGACACAUCAUGGUGUUUCACUGUGAAUUCUCAGCUGAAAGAGGCCCCAAAACUCAGCGCCUUCUGCGAGAGAUUGAUCGCACUGCCAACAAGGAGCACUACCCAGCACUUCACUUUCCUGAGAUGUACCUCCUUGAGGGGGGUUACAAAGCCUUCUAUGAAAAGUACUCAAGCUUGUGCACACCCAAUGACUAUGUCAGGAUGCUUGAUCCAAAUCACUCUGAUGACCUCAGGCACUUCAGGGGCAAGUCCAAGUCUUGGGCUGCUGAGAAUAAGCAAGCCAAGAGCCGGAAUGCAAUACCUCGUCCGGGGCUUAAGAGACUUGGCUUAUGAUGACCGUCUCCAAUGUAGGACAAGUUUUAUGUCUUUUAAUUUAGUUUUUUUUUUUUUUUUUCCAUGAGUUAUCCUUUAGUGUGUGUGUGCAAUAUACCUAUUAUUUUGUUGUGUACAGGUGAGUUUUGUCCAGGUUGAGUCAGUAACAUCAGUGAGGAUUUAGUGUCCACCAAUGCCAAAGGAUGUUAAUCUUCCUGAAAUAGUGAAUAGUGCACUUUAGAUGUGUGACUUAUCUGGGCAGAAUUUUGUUGAUUUUGUUCUUCCUUUGUCUUUGUUUUCCUUUAUUUAUGUUUUGAUCUGAUCUACAUGUGAUCAUCAAUAAUUUUAUCUGUUUUUAUUGUCAUAAAGGCCAGUUUCCACCAUUCCUUCAGUCGGUGAUGAUAUAACUUACGAGUUUUCUGUUAUAACAUUUCAAACUAGCAAACAAAACUGUGAUAAUUGAGUUACAUAACAUGUGCAAGAUCUUUUUGACUGUUGUGUGUAGUGUUGUGCUGCAAAGAAGAUCAUGAAUAUGUCAAGGUAAAGAGAAGUUAGUUAAGGGCAUUGUUAGCCCUUAGCUUUCAUGGAGCUUGUGACUGUUAAAUGAAAGUUUAGCUGUGAUUAAUCUUGCUUAUUUUAAUGAAGGUCACUGGCCACAAACUAUUUUUAUAUCUUGUGAAUAGUAAACACCACCACAAGUGUUCAAUGUAUGUGUGUCUGGUUACUUUUAAAUCUAUAUGGCUAACGACUCCAACACUGAUCUCAGAUUACCGACUGCUGUUCCACAUUGUCAGAGCCUUAUGACGUGACCGUAAGCGUUCAUCUUGAUUCUCAGUGUUGUUUUAUAACUUCUCACACGUCAGACGUUUCCUCAGCUUAGCUACUUGGUAAAGAGAAAUGUUAUACUUCCCCAAUUAAACUUAUCUACUUGCUCUUUUCUUUCUUUCAUAUCGGGGGUACAAAAAUGUUUUCAGUAUGAUUACCUUUUUUUGGGAAUUAGGAGUAUUAAUAAAAUUUAUAUCAUCCCUUUUCUAGUCUUUGUGUUAGUGUACAAAAAAAGUCUUGUGAAAAUCUGUCCUUGUCCCGUCUGUCCGCAAUACACGGAAUUUCUGUC